AUGCGGAGUUUCCAGCCGGGACUUCCUGGGGGCGAUUCCUUCGAUGCUGAUGGCAUGCAAGCAUGUCAGGUUCCACAGGCCUUGAACCUGCAGGCCUCACCAGGCCUACCGAUGACAAUCUUGGGGGGUCAGGCAUCCUUCAUGUCCAGUCCCGGUGGCUACACUUCUGGGCUUGGCCUGCAGCUUCCGAAUCCACAGCCACAAGUGCCACAGUUUGGCAGUUUUGCCCAAGCUCUGCCUUUGCAACCGUCCCCAAAUAUGCCCUCUCAAAACAUGCAGCCGCAGCGGCCGGAGGCUCCUGAGCGAGGCAACUCCCAGUGCGGAGCGGGUGGCGUGGCUAUGCCAAACCUGGGAGUGAUGACCCCCGUAUGGAACCCUGAUGGAUCGCAGCCUGUAAGUGGCUUGGGAAUCAUGUCAGGGGUGUCUUCACAGAACCAGGCAGACAACCUCCGACUCUCAGGGCUUCCUGUCAGUCAGAUGGCUGAGGGACAGAUAUCGCAAGGCUUCACAAACUCCUCCCAGAUGCAGCAGAUGGCAAUUUUGGGUGGCAUGCCAGCGCAAUCGCAGCCUGGACAGUUGCUGGGAGCCUUCUGUGCCCAGCUUUUGGGUAACACGCUGCCGGCACCAAUGGGCGAAGGCCCACGCGGCAACCCUCCCAGCGGCCCGAGCUCUUUUCACAAGCUUCCGGAAUUUCAGGACCCUGUACGCCAGCCCUGGAUGCCGGAUUUGGGUCGGGAGUCCCUGGAACCUCCCCGUGAAGAGAGCCAGCCACAGCCGAACCAGCUUCUCCAGCUGCAGCAGCAACAGUUGAUCCUUCAACAACUGGCACAGCCACCUGCGCAGUCCGGCUGCUUUGGGAUGGGUGACCAGCCCCAACCGCAGCCUAUGCAAAUGCAAUUGCAACCACAAUCGCAGCAGCUUCAGAUGCGGCCGCUUUCCGGGCCCAACACAUAUCAGACAAACCUGCAAAACGACUUUGCCCAGGAGUUGUCAGGCCAGCUUCCACUCGAACGUGAGGAGAAAAGGCUGGGAGGUGGUCCAGGCAUGCUGAACUUCCCCAGCCUUUGUGGCGGUGGACGAUCGCCGGAGCUGGGGAUUUUUCAGCAGAGUCCUGAAGACCAUCCCACCGCAAACAGCGUGACUAACGGCCUGUUCAUGGACGACUUGCAGAACACGUUUGAUGCAGGCUUUCCCAGGCGGCCCGAGGCUGGCAAAGGCCUACGCCCGGACCAACUGAACGGUGGCUUCGAUAUUCGUGUUGGCUUUAUAGGCCAGGCCGUCAAUCCUGGCCAGGUUCGGGAGAUCUUCAGGCGGAAGGGCCUUGAGAUCGCCUCGAUCGACAUGCAAAGGCUCAGCAAUCGUGGCGCAGCCUUAGUGGCUUUAGCAGAUCCAGGUAAGGCCCGUCGGGCAGUGGAAGACAUGAAUGGCUUGAACAUUGAAGGGCGCGUGAUGACUGUGGAGUUUGCAGAUGAGCGUGCCAUGGCCAGCAAGGGAGAGCCACGAGUGGGCUUCCAGCCAGGAGGACCCCCGAAGGGAGGAGGUAAAUCUGUUCCCGGAAAAGGCUCCAAAGAGAGUUGGGACAAGGGUGCUGCCUUCGUUGGCACAGGGCCAAGCUCUAGCUCGAAAGGGGCAGAGAAGGGCGGUGACCAAGGAGGCGGAAAGAAGGGUCCUGGUGGGAAAGGCAAGGCCACCAACAAAGGAGAGACUGGUUUCACGACCUCAGGUGUUGGCAAGAUGAGAUAUGGCAACAGCCCAAACAAGCUUUUUAUUGGCAAUCUUUCGACAGAGGUGUCAAGCGACGACUUGAUCGAGGCGCUGAAGCCAGCAGGUGAGGUGCUGGGAAUACGUCUUCGUCAAGGCAAAUAUUCCAGCAUUGCCUUUGCUGAGUUUAAGCACCCGGGAUGCGUCGAUCUUGCGGUUCGCACCCUACAGGGCCUCGCGAUCAAGGGACGACCAGCCAGGAUGGAGCACCAGUCCAGCAAGAACGAGCGCAUGGGCGAUGGAGACGAGCCCGGUGAGGCACCUCCAGGUCCCAGCCCAGGUCCGGGUGGCCUGGGUGGUCCAGGCGCCGGGAAAGGCGGCAAGGGCGGCAAAGGCAAGGGCCGGGGUGGGGGCGACCGCUCUGGCGACCGAAGCGGGCCGGCCCCUCGAGGCAUUCUGCAGCCUGGACCGUCGCUUGUCUAA